CCGAGCCGCCCGCCCUGCGCCGCGACAACUUCUUGCCAAAACACUACCUAAUCCCAUCCAAAUUACUCAUUUUAACCGCACCAACUUGCCCCAUUACAAUUUUAUGGGUUCUAAACGGACUAUAUUUAACAGUGCUUCUUAUAAAAUAACGUUUCUUAGCGUAAAUUGUGAAAUAAAAAAUGACAACAUGAUUUUCGUUUGACGAUUAUCAACUAUGUGAAUUGUUUUUCAACUUCUUAGAAACGGCUGAAACGUGACUGAAAGAGUUCUGUAUGAAUUGUUACGAUUAACACAGCCUUGAGAGCAGAGCCACUAGAACAUAAUCUAACUUGUGCCAAAUUUAUAAAAGUCAAAUAAUAAGUUUUAGCAUCAUGGAUGGUCGGAGACGCAAUGCUCGUGUCCAAACACUUAUGGCACCCGGUAUAUUGGUCGCACUGAUAAUAUUAAGUUCAGUAGAAGUGUGUUUAUGUAAAUCGACUGUGAAACCGACUGAAAACGGUACGUUGCUUAGCACGUUGCUCAGCACAUCGCCCAUUGCGUUACAUACCACGUCGACUAGCGUUGAGCCCACUCAGACAACAAUUCAUAUUCAACCGACAAACGCAACUUUAAAACCAUUAGAGCCGGCUGAAGCGAGUACUACUGCAUCUCCAACUACAAAGGCGAACCGUAAAACAACAAAAGCGAAUAGUGCCAGGCGGACCACGACUAGCUAUUCAACGACUCAAGUACACCUGAGCACAAAAGCCGUAGUAAAAAGUGCAAGGAAGCCGAAGUUAAACACUGGUUCAAGUGUAGGGGGGGUGCAUUCCGCGGGCCGGCUGCAGGAGCGCCUCGGGGCCAUAGAUUGCGAUCUGCCCGUGCUGCCGCGGGAGUCGCGGCUUUGGCGGGGCAACGAGACGCAUGAGCUCAAUCUACCGAUCACGAUGACGGAGGAUUGCGUGGGCGGAGAUGAUUGUCCCCCGGUCGUGGUGUCUUGGGAAGGCUCGGCAGACAUUCAAAGUGGAGACAUUCUGAUCGUGCGCAUCGCUGAUUCAUCGCUGCUCGACUCAUUCUCGCACCCUGACGCUAAGAACACUAGCCAUGAUGUCAACACUACACAAGCAGAUGGACAGAGGGUCCACCGCACGCUGCCAUCGCCGGCCGUGUACCAGGUGACGCGGCAGGGGCACGUGCACUGCGACGUGUCCGAGGGCAUGCUGCUCGACAUCACGCCACUCGACGAGGGCGGCGCCAAGCUCAUCACGCUCUACGACAAGGAUCUCACCGAGGGCGUCAACUUGCUCAUAGUUGUUUCCGAGAACUGGGGGUCACAGUGCGUCCGCCUCAAAGUUACUGUCAAGUCGGAUAACUGCGGAGAGUCACAGGACUGUUCCGGCAAAGGCGUGUGCUACACUAACGUAUCUAUGGAAGGCUACGAGUGCCAGUGCUGCCCCGGCCAGCUGGGCCCGCACUGCGAGGAGCGAGACGUCUGCAAUCCAUCACCGUGCCUGAAUAAUGGCAUAUGUGUCGACCUCACGCAGCCUCUCAACGGGGCCAACUACCACUGCCUUUGUCCCUACGGUUUUACGGGUAGAAAGUGCGAAAAGGAUCCGUGCUACUCGGAGCCUUGCUUGAACGGAGGGUCGUGCAUGAGCCUGGCGAUGAACGGGUCGACGACGUUCCACUGCGCGUGCGCGGACGGGUGGACGGGCGCGCACUGCGAGCUGCCCACGGUGGGCGGCGCCUGCGCCGACAAGCCCUGCGUCAACGGCAUUUGCAUAGAGCAGACAGACAUCGACGCUGAUGGCCACGAGUACCGUUGUUUCUGCUUGCCAGGGUAUACGGGUGAGCACUGUGAGAUGGAGUACAAUGAGUGCGAGUCGUCACCGUGCGCGAACGGCGGCACCUGCACCGAUCGCGUCGGCGGCUUCGCGUGCGCCUGCGGCCGCGGGUUUACUGGCAACACUUGCCAGCUCAAGGUUGACUUGUGUUCUCCAAACCCGUGCUCUGCGCAGCGCUACUGCGUGGACCGGGGCAACAGCUACACUUGCGAAUGUCCCCACGGCUACGUCGGUGACGAGUGCCAUCUACCGGUCAAAUCGGCGUGCGACAAUAAUCCGUGCGCCCACGGCGGCACCUGCUGGAGCGGAAUCGACUCCUUCUACUGCUCCUGUCGACCGGGGUACACCGGGAAACUAUGCGAAGAGGACUUCAUCCUGGAGUCAGUGGUUCGCGGCGAGGUGAUCAGCUCAGAAUCGCGUAGUGACGGCGGCGGCGCGGUGCGCGAGGUGCGCAUGCCGCUCGGGCUCUACCACGACCGCCUGCACAACGUGUACAUCGCCGCUGGUACUCUGGGAGCCGCCAUUGCCAUCGUGGGCGUCGUGGUGACAGCGUGCCACUGCCGCGUGAACAAGACGUACUCGCGGCUGCUGUCGCGGCUGGCGCGCGCGCCGGCGCCGGCGCCGCACUGGCUGCACGACAAGCGCGCGCCCGCGCCCGCGCACGCGCCCGCGCCGCCCGCCGCGCUCGACACCACCGACAUGUACUACACGCUCGACUUCAGCGACAGCCAGACCUCGCCCCUCAUCCAAUAGCAAUCACUGCUGAACUGCUCCGACGGGGAACGGUUCAAGAUACAAAUCUAAAUCGCAGAUCGCAUGCUACGAUUUACCUAACUGUUAAAGUGUAUAGCUACCUACUGUUUAUUUCGAUAUAUUAACACAUUUUGAGUUAUAGAUCUCAGAGUUCAAAAUCAAUCCUUGAUGUCUCACACCGAGUAAAUUUUGACAUUGCGUCAGAAAACAAUUCAUGUGCAUCUUAGCAAAACAUAGCUUUCGUAAUUCUGCUGCGUAGAUAUCUAGAUAUAACUCAAUAUAUGUUAAUUUGUUAAGAAAGUAUGGUAUGAACGCUUUCUUUGAUAAAAUUGCCUUUUUAUCCAUCUCCUUGAAAUACUAAAUUCGCUACGCGAUUAUCGCCUAUAUGAAUACCUACCUAUAGAUAAAAAUACCUAACAAAGCCAUUUCUCUGUACUUUAGGGGCAUCACACAGGUGUUGUGUCAUACCCACAUAGGGCUACGAAGAUGUUUCGCCGCGUAGCUGAAAAAUGCCUCUACAAGCUACAACGUAAUUCUUGUAGAAUCUUGUGCACUUAGAAAGUUAGAUAAUAUUAAAAUCUAUCUUUCAACAGAAAACUUCUGCUAUAAUAUUCGUGAAGUGUACCUAUCUAAUAUUGUUGCACAGUACCUAAGCUAUAGAAAAGUGAUAAGUUUAUUAUAACCCGCCCUGUAAUAUAACCUACUUACAUAAUAUAGCAACAUAGACCUCAAUACAAAUACCAUUGUGAUUGCUAGAGCUGAAGUAAUUUAUACGUAAUGUACGUAGCUAAGCUUAGUGAACUCUAUUUUGCAUAUUAAGUGAAUAUUGUAAAACGUACAGUGUAAAGAGAUGUUAACGUCGGUGGCGAUUAGAUAGAUCUAUAAUAAUAAGAUAUUUGAGGAGGAGUAAAAAUAGUUUAGAGGUACCUUUAUUCUAUCUGUUAACAAAAUUAA